AUGGAACAACCACUCCGUCACGGACUAAACGCCGAGCAGAGCCCCGCGAGGCGGUUGCUCUUCCUGAUCUGCCCUGGCGGGUAUAGUUUUGUCCAGCAAUACCCAACCGUGCUCGCCCGGCUGGCCAGCUGGGCGCGACUGGUCUGCGUGACCAGCGAGGCCGACUUCGUGCACAAAUGGAACGUCUGGAUCAGCGACCCCACCUACCGCGUGGCGGGCUUUGUCCUGGUGGACGGGGCGAUUUUCGAGUCCCGUAAUCGGCACCUGAUGCGAAGGCUCGUCGAGCUCCCGCGGCGCAUCGUCCCCUAUCAGCGCCCGCUCACGUUCUCGACGCCCGUCAACUCUCGCUGGUACGACCAGGCACCCAACCCUGAGUUCCGCUACGUGGUGGCCCUGAACGCCGCCCUCUGGGCCGGCAGCCAUCCCACCCAGUUCAACCAAUGGCUGUAUGAGACCUGGCAGAUCAAAUGGCAGGUCAUGCCGGGCGUCAGCGCGGCGGCGCCGGAGUUCUAUCUGGGCAGAGUCGCGCGCGAGACCGCGGACCUGAUUAUCGAGGCGUGGUUCCAGGGCGCCUUCCUGUCGCGGGCCGUGUUCGUCACUGGGCCCCCCGUGGACCCCUACCGCGUCUGUGACCACGACUCGGUCCUGCACACGUGCGAGGAUGUCCUCCUGCGGACUCCCGAGGAAGCCGACGCGGAGUAUCAGGCGCGCAUGGCGGCGCCGCGGACAACGGUCGCCCCGCUCGAGCGGGACAGCGGGGUCUUGCACCCGGAUGUGGAGCCCAUCUACACCCAGAGGACCGAUGAAAACCCGGUGACCUUUCCCAUGCGCCCGCUGCAACAACCCCAACGUCGUCGUUGGCGAGGAGCCCGCAUUCUGCGGGAGCACCAUGCGGCGACGCUGAACGUCAACGUUGCCGAAGGGGGGGCCCCGAAUAGGAUCUUUGCAUUCAUCGGCCUCAUCGACGACAUUCCUGAGGUUGGAGGCCUGAUCCUCGAUGUCUGCAACAUCCAUGAUGGGGAGAUCCAAUGGACCGCGCCCGAGCUUUCGAUGCCUGAAGGCGAAGACGAGCCAUACGAUGCGGCGGAUGAGAGACCGCGGAGGAUACACCAUCACCCGGUGCCCGGCACCCCCCGCCUCAACCAGACAACCCACAUUAGUAGCACCAAGACCAACAACGCCCUCAUCAAAUCUACUCCCUCCCCUCCCCAUUCCCCCAGCUACCCCCUCCUCUACUCUGCCCCUGCUGCCCCUGCUGCCCCUGUCCAUCCCCUCCAACCAACCGCUUCGGUUUCUGAUUCCCAACCGCUAGACAGUGACGAGUCAGUACACCGCUUUCCCGUGACCAUCACCCAAAACAAAGAGGGGAGGGCGACAUACUCCGCUCAUAGAGAAUAUAAGACGUAUACAUCAGAAUCGGCAGCGCCACGAUCGUCGAGAGCCAUCUGCUUGUGCCACACCCCCGGGCGGAGGGGGGUUUGGUCCAUUAGUCAUCUGUCCUGCUAUCCUGGUGCUGUAUACUGGUCCUGGGUUGAUGAUAAUAAGGUAGCGUCCACCCUCUCUCCCGUGUGCAGGGGCGGGUAUGGGUAUUGGAAGUGCUAG